AUGCGCUCCAUCAGGAAGAGGUGGACGAUCUGCACGAUCAGUCUGCUCCUGAUCUUUUAUAAGACAAAAGAGAUGGCACGGACCGAGGAGCACCAGGAGACGCAACUCAUCGGAGAUGGUGAGCUGUGUUUAAGUCGAUCCCUUGUCAAUAGUUCGGAUAAAAUCAUUCGAAAGGGUGGUUCUUCAAUCUUCCAGCAUUCAGUAGAAGGUUGGAAAAUCAAUUCCUCUUUGGUCCUAGAAAUAAGGAAGAACAUCCUUCGUUUCCUAGAUGCUGAACGAGAUGUUUCCGUCGUCAAGAGCAGCUUUAAGCCUGGAGACGUCAUACACUAUGUGCUGGACAGACGUCGGACGCUAAAUAUCUCCCAGGAUCUGCACAGCCUCCUACCUGAAGUUUCACCCAUGAAAAACCGCAGAUUUAAGACCUGCGCAGUCGUUGGAAACUCUGGCAUUCUGCUAGAUAGUGAGUGUGGAAAAGAGAUCGACAGUCACAAUUUUGUAAUAAGGUGUAAUCUAGCCCCUGUGGUGGAGUUUGCUGCAGACGUGGGAACUAAAUCAGAUUUUAUUACCAUGAAUCCAUCAGUUGUACAAAGAGCGUUUGGAGGCUUUCGGAAUGAGAGUGACAGAGAAAAAUUUGUGCAUAGACUUUCCAUGCUGAAUGACAGUGUUCUUUGGAUCCCUGCUUUCAUGGUCAAAGGAGGAGAGAAGCACGUGGAGUGGGUUAAUGCGCUAAUCCUUAAGAAUAAACUGAAAGUGCGGACUGCCUAUCCGUCACUGAGACUUAUUCAUGCUGUCAGAGGUUACUGGCUGACGAACAAAGUCCCCAUCAAAAGGCCCAGCACAGGUCUGCUCAUGUAUACGCUUGCCACGAGAUUCUGUGAUGAAAUUCACCUGUAUGGAUUCUGGCCAUUCCCCAAGGACUUGAAUGGGAAAGCUGUCAAAUAUCAUUACUAUGAUGACUUAAAGUAUAGGUACUUUUCCAAUGCAAGUCCUCAUAGAAUGCCGUUAGAAUUCAAAACAUUAAAUGUGCUACAUAAUAGAGGAGCUCUGAAACUGACAACAGGAAAGUGCAUAAAGCAAUAA